AUGAAUACCUUCCUCGUGUGCCUCGUGUGCCUUUUUCUGGUAGUGGAAGGAGCAGGCUCCCUUGUUUCAGGCAUUGAAGAUGGUCCAUCCACAGCAUAUCCUGAACAAUGGUUCGAUCAGAAACUGGACCACUUCAACGUGGUGGAUUCUCGCUACUGGAAGCAGCGGUAUUAUGUCGUCGACAAGUUCUACAAGCCAGGUGGGCCUGUCUUCCUAUUUAUAGGUCAACAGGCAGCUCUGACUACUACUGUAUUUACUCGGAAUGGAGCUUGGAUAGAAUAUGCCAAGACCUUCCACGCCAUUGGUUUUGCUGUGGAGCAUCGGUUUUAUGGGAAAAGUCAUCCAACACCGGACUUGAGUGUUAAUAGUCUACAAUACCUGACCGUUGAACAAGCGCAGGAGGACUUGGCUACCUUCAUAGUCGAGACAAACAAGGAACGCAACUUCAAGAACCCGAAGUGGAUCAUAUUUGGUGGAUCCUACGCAGGUUUGAUGACUACAUGGUUCCAGUACAAGUUCCCCCAUCUCGUCACGGGAGCUGUAGCUGACAGUGCACCAGUCCUUUCGCCGGUGUUUAUCACAGAGUACCAUGUUACUGUCGGAGAAGAUUUGCGCACCGAAUCAGGAUGCUACGAGGCAGUGUCAGGUAUUUUUGAUGAAAUCAGGGCAAGUCUCAAGACGGAUGCUGGCGUCAAGAAGCUGCAGUCGCUCUUCAGGUGA